AUGGCGCACUCAAAGCGCAACACCUCCCUCCCUCACUUUACCUCCUACGAACGCGGCCUACUGCGCUCAACAUGGGGCACAAAGCGCGGCGUAAUCGGCCGCGACAGCUUCCUCCCCUUCGCGUCAUGCCGACUGUGUCUCCAACCCGCGCGCGCGCCGGUGGUGGCCUGUGCUACGAACGGAGACCUGUUCUGUCGUGAGUGCGCAAUCAAUGACCUUCUCGCGCAGCGGCAGGAGAUCAAGCGGCUUGAACGACAGCGCGAUGAUGCGCGGAAGAGGCUGGCAGAGGGGGAGGAGGGGGAGCUUGAGGAGGCGAGGAGGAGGGAGUUAGCUCAGUUUGAGCUUGUUUCUAUGGGGCUGGAAGGUAGUGGCGGUGGAAAUCAGGCUGGGAAGAAGCGGAAGGCGGAGGGGAGUGAGACGGAGGAAGCUAUGGCGAAAUUUAAGGCCAGAGAGGUGGAGAUUGAUGGGGAAAAGGAAGAGGAGGACGAAAAGGAGAGGUUGAAGAAGGAAUUGAAGCGGGAGAAGUCCUUGAACAAAUCCGCUCUACCCUCCUUCUGGGUCCCAUCCCUCACCCCGGGCACGGAUCCCAAUGAAAUCACCGCCCAAAAAGCAGUCAAGCUGACGCCCAUCUGUCCCGCCUCCACGGAGUCUAAUCGGCAUAGCUACUCGCUCAAAUCGCUAGUGGACGUGCAUUUCACAGAAGAAACCGGCGCCGAUGGGACCGUCUCGCGCGUGUGUCCGAGCUGUAAGAAGAAUUUGAGCAACGGGCUUAAAGCGAUGCUCACCAAGCCCUGCGGUCACAUCAUCUGCUCACCCUGCGUAACGAAGUUCAUGACUCUCCACGACACACCGGAUCCGCACGCUUCCAAAGAAGAACAAGCUCGCUCGGCUGCGUUGCACGGGCGGAUGUUGUGUUAUGUCUGCGAGACGGAUAUCACGCCUCGUAAUCCAGAGCAAAACGGCGAGAAGAAGAAGUCCAAGAAGAAGGACAAGGAGAAAGAUGGUGGAGUUCUUCCCGGUUUGGUGGCAGUUUGCUCGGAGGGCACUGGAUUUGCAGGCGGAGGAGGCAAUGUGGCUACGAAGACGGGGGUCGCUUUUCAAUGUUAG